CUCCCGUUGAGGGUAAAAAUGGCUACUUUCUAUGCCAAUCCAGACGAAAAAAACGAACUUUGGAUAGAAAGAGCGGCAGUUGAAGGGUCCGGUGGCUUUCGGAUAUGGCACUAUAUAUUCUUUUGUUUUUCUGCCUUCACUGUGAUUGUGGUGUUGACAUGCUGUUGCAUAAAAAUCAGAGUGCCCAGAACGAAACAAGAAAUCGAGGCAGAUUACUGCAGGAAAAAACUUGCCGAAAAAUUCAGGGAGAGGUUGCGAUUGAUAAAGAAUCAAGAGAUGGAUGCAAUGGAUCUGGAACGAGCGCUACAAAUUAUACAGGAGGAUUAUAACAACGAAAACAGAAACUACCAGUUUGUUCCAUCUGCGUCUACGAAUUUCCGUGUGGCAUCAGAAUGCGAUAAAGCUCAACCUCAAGCCUUCUCAAGCAUUAUUGAUAAUCAUAGGCGGGCACAAGACUAGCCUCGAAUAAGUUGCUAGAAAUGAUAAACAAGUGUGCUUUGUAGAUUGAAUAAAAUUGAGUAAA